CUGUCGUUGUAAUGAAGGGAUUCUGAUUCAUUACCCUCUCAUACUAUACUAUAUAACAACCCUUCCCUUUGCUUUUACCCUCUUCUUUAUUUAUCUUAAGUCUUGUAAUAUUCUAUUAUUAUGCGAACUAGGACAGGUUUGUGUUAUCCUCAAAACAUGUCUUCUAACUCUUUUCUUAGCCGGAAAAAGCAGAAAACAAUGCCGGAAAAACCACCCGGAGUUUCUGACUUGUUUGAAUCUCUUCCCGAUGACCUUGUCCUCUCUAUCCUCGGAAAGCUUAGCUCCACCGCAAAUUCUCCCUCUGAUUUCAUCACUGUUUUAAUCACGUGCAAAAGACUCAAAUCUUUAGGUCUUAGCUCUAUUGUUUUGUCGAAAGCAUCCAACAAAACAUUAUCAGUUAAAGCUAAAAAUUGGUGUGACUCUGCUCAUCGAUUUCUCAAACGAUGUGUUGAUGCUGGAAACACUGAAGCGUGUUACACUCUCGGAAUGGUAAGAACUAAAAAUAAAAUUGUUAUUUUAGUUUUUUUACCUGCAUACAAACGAAAGAUCGGCCACAUCGACGGUUUACGUGAGCUAGGUCAUUGUUUACAAGACGGUUACGGCGUUAAACAGAACGUUAUUGAAGGACGGCGGUUUUUAGUUCAAGCUAACGCCCGUGAACUAGCUGCCGUUUUGUCUAACGGGAACAGUAAACAGCCGUUGCUUACGUGGAGCAUUAACCCGAACCAGCCACCUCAACCUCAGGUUCGGGCUAUUGCUGGUUCGGGUUGUCCGUUGCUAAGUGAUUUUGGAUGUAACGUUCCGGCUCCAGAGGCUCACCCGGCUAGUAAGUUUAUGACUGAGUGGUUUGCUAUUCGAGGCGGGUUUCCGGGUUCGGGUAUGAGGUUAUGUUCGCAUUCGGGUUGCGGGCGACCCGAGACAAGGAAGCACGAGUUUCGAAGGUGUUCGGUUUGUGGUGCGGUUAAUUAUUGUUCACGCGCUUGUCAAGCGCUUGAUUGGAAGUUUCGACAUAAGGUGGAGUGUGCGCCCGUAGAGAGGUGGUUAGAUGAGGAGGUUAACGGCGCCGGUGAGGUUAACGGCGCCGUUAACGUUGAAGAGGUUGUUGUGGUUAAUAGAUAGACGGUUUUCGAACCGUUAACGGUGUCGGUAACAGAAGACUUUUUGGAAGUUUCAAUUGGACUCUAUUUUUGGCAUAGGAUACUGAAAUAUGGAAAAAAGAAAAAUAUUUAUUGUAUCUCAUUUAUUUAUUACUGUGGCGUUGCAAAAGUGCAAACUCCUAUGGUAGAGUGGUCUCUCUGUUACUUUUACUUUUUUUUUUUUUUUUUUUGUAUAUAAGAAAACUUUUAAUUCUCCCGAAAAGAAAAAUGAAGGGGAUGUUGUUUGUUUUAUUUUCCUUUUUAGUUUUGAUGAAAGCAACUAUCAUUAUUAGUUAAUUUCGGUGAUUAAAAUAUGAACUUUUUAAAGUUCAUGAAUUUCCCAUCAA